AUGACAUCCGCUCUUACGAUUGAAGAAUUCCGCAAGAUUCGAGAUGAUUCCAUUCCUCGAGAUAGCAUAUUAACGGAUGGCCUACUUCCUCAUCCAUCGCUUCUUGAUGUAACACACAUCCCGUGUCAGUGUGCUCUUUUAUCAGCUAGUGAAAUCACUAUCACAGAGCAGUACACAGCUUGCCAACUUGUUAAUCUGUUAGCUCAAGGUCACUUAACGGCAGAAGAAGUGACUAGAGCUUAUCUCAAACGAGCCGGUAUCGCUCAUCAGCUGACGAAUUGUGUGAGUGAAUUUCUCACUGAAGAAGCUCUUGCUCGUGCUAAAUAUUUAGAUGAAGAAUUCAGAAAACAUGGACGACCUGUUGGACCGUUACAUGGUCUACCUAUCUCUGUCAAAGAUUAUAUUACCAUGAAGGGACAUCGAACAAGUGCAGGCUAUGUAACAUGGCUCAACAGAAUCGCUCAACAUGACGCUCUUGUCUUGAAGAUUCUGUCUGAUGCUGGUGCUAUAUUUUAUGUUCGCACUACUCAACCACAGACUCUGAUGCAUCUAGAAUGUAGUAGUCCCAUCCAUGGUACUACUGUUAAUCCAUUCAACAGGAAUUUGACGUCGGGUGGCAGCUCAGGCGGCGAAGGAAGUCUCGGUGGCUUGAAAGCAACUCCGAUGGGUAUCGGAACCGAUAUUGGAGGAAGUAUUCGUUCUCCGGCUGCAAACAAUGCAAUGUAUGGUCUACGUCCAACAACUCUACGUAUCACAAAGCAAGGCAUCAUGGGAAUACAAUCAGGAAGAGAAAGUAUUCUCGGUGUUGUUGGUCCACUUGCACGUCAUCGAGAUGAUAUUCAUCUGUUUAUGAAAACCAUACUUGACACUCAACCAUGGUUAACAGAUCCAUCUCUCGUGCCUAUUCCUUGGCGAUCGAUCGCCUUGACAUCUCAUCGUCUAACUGUAGCUGUCAUGUGGGAUGAUCUUGUUGUUCAUCCUCAUCCACCUGUAACUCGUGCACUUCGGGAAACUAUACAACAUCUCAAGAACUCCGCUAUUCGAAUCGUCGAUUGGCAACCUAUUGAUCAUCUCACAAGUUGGCAUCUCAUUAGUGCACUCUAUUACUGCAACGGUGCCGAAGAAGAACGAAGUUUAUUAGCAGCAGCAAAUGAACAACUCUUACCGUUAACUGACUGGAUUUUCAAUCAACCGAAUGUCAAGAAAAGAACUUGGAUAGAUAUGAAUGAACUAAUUUCUGCAAGAGAAACUUAUCGAAAUCAAUAUGCACGAACUUGGAACGAACGAGAAGCUUCUUUCGACUGUACUAUCGAUUGUCUUCUCACUCCUGUCGGCCCUUCAGCAGCUCCUCUCCAUGGAACAGCUAAAUGGUGGGGCUAUACUUCUGUGUGGAAUCUACUCGAUUAUCCUGCUGCUGUUUUUCCGGUAACAACAGUCGAUCUUGUCAAAGAUCAAGUCGAACUCGAUUACCAACCAAGAAAUGCUUUGGAUAGGGAAAACUAUAACUUGUACACGUCACCAGAAGUGUAUGCAAAUGCGCCGAUUGGUUUACAAGUAGUCGGCCGGCGAUUUGAUGAUGAAAAGGUGAUGAGAUGUGUCGAAAUGAUUGAACGUGCGAUGGGCAAAGAAUAA